GAGUAUACGAUAUUAUAUAUUUUGUGACGGCGUCUGUAAAGAUGUAUAACUCUAAAUGGCGUGCCAUGUAGAAAAAAGGGUGUAAGUAAAUCUAACAAUUUCUUGAAAAAUCCAUGUCAUCACAUAACAAUACAUCAUGUUUCUGUACAAUUUGACCCUUCAAAGAGCUACGGCUAUAACACAUGCAGUGCAUGGAAACUUUUCGGGAACAAAAACCCAAGAAAUUGCAAUAUCAAGAGGUAAAAGUUUGGAGCUUUUACGUCCAGAUUCAAACACUGGCAAAGUACAUACUCUUUUAACGAUAGAGAUCUUUGGAAUUAUUCGAUCUUUGAUGGCAUUUAGGCUAACAGGAGGAACAAAAGAUUAUGUUGUUGUGGGUUCUGAUUCUGGAAGAAUUGUAAUAUUGGAAUAUAUCGCAGCUAAAAAUAUAUUUGAAAAGGUUCAUCAAGAAACAUUUGGAAAAUCCGGAACUAGAAGAAUAGUUCCAGGACAGUAUUUAGCAACAGACCCUAGAGGAAGAGCUGUUAUGGUUGGAGCAAUUGAGAAACAAAAAUUAGCAUAUAUAUUGAAUCGUGAUGCGCAAGCUAGGUUAACUAUAUCUUCUCCGCUAGAAGCUCAUAAAAGUAAUACAUUAGUGUAUCAUAUGGUUGGUGUUGAUGUAGGUUAUGAUAAUCCCAUAUUUGCAUGUUUGGAAAUUGAUUACGAAGAAGCUGAUUCAGAUCCUACGGGUGAAGCAGCUCAAAAAACCCAACAGACUUUAACCUUUUAUGAACUUGAUCUUGGACUCAAUCAUGUUGUUCGAAAAUAUUCAGAACCCCUUGAGGAACACGCAAAUUUUCUAGUUACUGUGCCAGGCGGUGAUGAUGGUCCAUCAGGAGUAUUGAUUUGUUCAGAAAAUUAUCUUACUUAUAAAAAUCUUGGUGAUCAACAUGAUAUUCGUUGUCCUAUUCCAAGAAGAAGAAAUGAUUUGGAUGAUCCAGAAAGGGGAAUGAUUUUUGUUUGUUCAGCAACUCACAAAACUAAAUCGAUGUUUUUCUUCCUUGCCCAAACUGAACAAGGAGAUAUUUUUAAAAUAACAUUAGAAACCGAUGAAGAUAUGGUCACCGAAAUAAAAUUAAAAUAUUUUGAUACAGUACCUGUUGCAACAGCGAUGUGUGUUUUAAAAACUGGAUUUCUGUUUGUGGCCUCUGAAUUUGGAAAUCACUACUUAUAUCAAAUUGCACAUCUGGGCGAUGAUGAUGAUGAGUUAGAAUUUAGUUCGGCCAUGCCGUUAGAAGAAGGUGAUACAUUCUUUUUUGCACCAAGACCUUUACGAAACCUUGUUUUGGUAGAUGAAUUAGAGUCUCUUUCUCCAAUUCUUUCCUCCCGCGUGGCUGACUUAGCAGGAGAGGAUACCCCACAGUUGUAUAUGAUGUGUGGAAGGGGACCACGAUCGUCUCUUCGGGUACUUAGGCACGGGUUGGAAGUAUCUGAAAUGGCCGUAUCCGAAUUGCCUGGUAACCCCAAUGCUGUUUGGACUGUGAAACGCAGGAGCGAUGAUGAAUAUGAUGCUUAUAUUAUUGUCUCCUUCAUAAAUGCAACUCUGGUGUUAUCGAUUGGUGAAACUGUUGAGGAAGUAACUGACAGUGGAUUUUUAGGAACAACGCCCACUUUGUCUUGUUCAGCUUUAAGUGAUGACGCCCUUGUACAGGUGUACCCUGAUGGUAUAAGACACAUUUGUGCCGAUAAAAGGGUAAACGAAUGGAAGGCUGGGAAAAAAUAUAUCGUAAAAUGUGCAGUCAAUCAGCGGCAGGUUGUUAUCGCUUUAUCCGGUGGAGAACUGGUUUACUUUGAAAUGGAUCCGACUGGUCAGCUGCAUGAAUGUAAGGAAAGAAAACGCAUGAACUCGGACGUUGUUUGUAUGGCGCUUGCUAAUGUACCUCCUGGUGAACAGAGAUCCUGGUUUUUAGCAGUGGGACUAGCCGAUAGCACUGUUCGAAUAAUCUCAUUAGAUCCUAGCGAUCGUUUAGCUCCAAGAUCUAUGCAGCCGUUACCCGUAUGCGCCGAAUCUCUGUGCAUUGUUGAAAUGGGAUGUACAGAUAGAGAUUCAGACAACGCAGCAGCUGCUAGUACUACGAGUACAUUGUAUCUGAACAUUGGUUUACAAAACGGUGCUCUAUUACGUACAGUGCUCGAUCCCGUUACUGGUGACUUGACCGAUACGAGAACUAGAUAUCUGGGUUCGAGACCAGUUAAACUGUUUCGCAUUAGAAUGCAACAGUCAGAAGCAGUUUUGGCAAUGAGUAGUCGGUCUUGGUUAAGCUACUAUUACCAAAGUCGAUUCUAUUUAACUCCUUUAUCGUACGAAAGUUUGGAAUAUGCCUCAGGCUUCAGUUCGGAACAGUGCCCUGAAGGUAUCGUGGCUAUAUCGACAAAUACUUUAAGAAUCUUGGCUUUGGAGAAAUUGGGCGCAGUUUUUAAUCAGGUGUCGUUUCCUCUAGAAUAUACACCGAGAAAAUUUAUCAUACACCCCGAAACCAAUAAUUUAUUAAUACUGGAAACGGAACACAAUGCUUAUACGGAGGAUACGAAAAAACAAAGACGUUUGCAAAUGGCGGAAGAAAUGAAGGAAGCGGCGGGUGAAGAGGAGCAGGAAUUAGCUAAGGAAAUGGCAGAGGCAUUUUUAAACGAAGAUUUACCUGAAAACAUAUUUUCAGCGCCCAAAGCCGGCCAUAAUAUGUGGGCCUCUACUUUAAGGAUAAUGGAUCCGGUGCAAAGGUCCACGUAUAAACUAAUACGUCUAGAACAGAAUGAAGCGGCGAUGUCGCUAACCCUUGUUAAAUUUCACGGGCAGCCAGAACACCAGUGGUUUCUUGUUAUGGGCAUAGCCAAGGAUUUUCAGCUUAAUCCGCGACAGUGCUUGGUAGGAUUUUUGGAUACUUACAAAGUUGAUGUAAUGGGAAGAGAGUUGGAGUUAGUUCAUCGUACGGUUGUUGACGAAGUACCGAUGGCUUUAUGUUCCUAUAACGGAAGGCUCCUUGCUGGUGUGGGGAAAAUGUUGAGGUUAUACGAUUUGGGUAAAAAGAAACUUUUGAGGAAAUGUGAAAAUAAGCACAUUCCUAAUGCUAUAGUCAAUAUACAAGCAAUGGGAAAAAGAAUAUUUGUAUCCGAUGUUCAAGAAUCUGUUUUUAUGGUUCGUUAUAAAAGAAAUGAAAAUCAGCUGAUAAUAUUUGCCGAUGAUACCCAUCCAAGAUGGAUUACUUGUAAGACUGUAUUAGAUUAUGAUACUGUAGCGACGGCGGACAAAUUCGGCAAUAUAGCCAUUCUCCGUCUGCCUCCAAACGUAAGUGAUGAUGUGGAAGAAGAUCCUACAGGUCACAAAGCAUUGUGGGAUAGAGGCCUUUUAAAUGGUGCUUCUCAGAAAGCUGACACUAUCUCGACAUUCCAUGUAGGUGAAACGGUGACUUGGCUUCAAAAGGCAACAUUAAUUCCUGGUGGCUCAGAAUCGCUUAUCUAUACUACACUUUCGGGGACUGUAGGGGUUUUAGUACCUUUUACGUCCCACGAAGACCAUGACUUUUUCCAACAUUUGGAAAUGCAGAUGAGGAGUGAAAAUCCUCCUUUAUGUGGGAGAGAUCACUUGUCCUUCAGAUGUUACUACUUUCCUGUUAAGAACGUAAUUGAUGGUGAUAUGUGUGAACAGUAUAAUUCAUUGGAACCCGCAAAGCAGAAGAGCAUCGCAACAGACUUGGACAGAACUCCUGCAGAGGUUUCCAAGAAAUUAGAAGAUAUAAGAACUCGUUAUGCUUUUUAAUAAUUUAUUUUGUAGAUAAUCUAUAAUUUUUUUUAUCUAAAUAAAUAUUGAUUCACUGAAAAUAUA